UCAGGAAUGGGAUCGGAUUGGCCUCGAUACGGACCUGGGAGGCGGUGAGCUUGCUAGAAAGACGACUCUGGACGACGACUGGCACGGUCCAGACAAACAGACUGGCACUGGCAUCGCGGGAGUCGCCAGGAGUUACCCACGGUGACCCAUGGUCACUCACGGCCCGCAGACGACGAGUGUUCGCGUUGCUUCCUUAGUCGAAGAUAUCAUUGACAAACGCUCGUGUCUCACAAGAUCAGCCAAGUAAUUCUAAAGCUGUGUUACUGAUAAAACAACAUGACCUUUCUGCUUUAUCACGGACCACUGAUAAUCAGUUCUGACGAUUGUUAGUUCCUAACAACCCCGUGUUAUUGCAAUAUUACAGUGUUGAAGUGCUGAAGUAUCGCAGUGCUGAAGUAAUAUACUGAAGAAGUGUCAAUGAUACAAUCCAUUGAAACAGGUGAAGUUGCUGAUCACUUUGCGACUUGCGAAGGAUCAAGCUAGAAAUCGCUGCAGUUUCGAGCCUGACCCAUUUUUUUCCGAUAGAUCGGCGAAGUGAUGUGCAUGAAUAGAUAUCAUCAAUAUUGUGUUUUCGUCGUAGGUGAGAAGGAACGACUGAAGAAACGAAAAUUACGAAGACGUUGGGCAAACUUAAGAGGCAAUUACUGAGACCUAGAGACUAUCGAUCGUCCGCGACGUAAAAUCAAGUUUCUCGCCAAAAGAACGUGAAGAUAUCGUAAGAAGAUAUCGCAACCAGGAAAAACGCGCGGCGCAUCAGUAAGAAAGACGCGAUGCACCGUGAAUUUCUGAUCUCCUUGAUUCAAGUCAUCGAGCUCCGAUACGAUCGUAGCGACGUAGUAUCUUGGCAAAUCUCGGCACACGCCGACAAAAACGAUCAUCGAAGUCAUCGUUUUUAUCGAAAUUUUCAUGGUAUCAGCGAACGAAAUAGCGGGACGAAUCAUAGGACGAGGUCACCCAGCCGCUAAAGAUAUCAGAGGACGAAGAGUAGUUGGGCACGCGAUGCCCAUUCCUGACAACGAAACCGAAACGUGCGCAAUCGCUGUAUCGGCCGUCGUUGAUCCAGAUCACCGUUCACCAGGAUCCGCAUCGAUCAAGAUCACCGUUAUUCGAGAAUCUCAAUUGGAGAUUCGCGACUGGAUCACCAAGUCUCUAGAUCUUGGAUUACUUAGAUUGUGAGAUUUCUUCAAUUCACGGUUGAGUUCGAACAUCUUCAAUUCCAUGAUCUCUAAAUAAUUCGUCCGAGCAAUUCUGGAAUCUUUGUAUUGUCACGAGAGAGAGAGAGAGAGAGAGAGAGAGAGAGAGAGAGAGAGAGAGAGAGAGAGAAAGGUACGUUUCUUUUUGUAGAGAACGAAAGAAAUUAUAAAAGAAGAAACAAAGAGUUAUAGAGAUUUUUUUUCUUUAUGUAUGAAGGAGACAAAGAGCAGAAGAAAACAUAUCGUACGAAAAUAAUGGGGAUAUCAGAUGUGAAGGACAUUCAGUGAACAAGAAACAUUUUAAUGUGUGGAAAAGAAGAAAAGAAGAAAUAGUGAGGACUGGGAGAAAGGUAGCGUGAACGUCGAAAGAGGAAGUAAGAUAGGAAAGGAUAUUAAGGACAAUAAGACGUUAGUCUCUUUUCAACGCCAUCAGGAUGUCAACCUGGUCCGUUUUCACUCUGUCGAUUCUCGCAAUAAUUUUCGGCCACUUUGUCAGCACUAGCUGCGCCGAGAGGAUGAGCGGGUUAUACGUAGAUAACGGCUUCGACCAGACGGUGGUCCACCGUGUGGUCAGCCAAUAUGAGAAACGCGAGGUCGAGCACGAGAUUUUAAACUUAUUGGGACUUCCGGAUCGCCCGCGAAACACCAUCGGCAGGUCUACUCAGGUCAAGAGGUCAGCGCCCAAGUUCCUCCUGGACAUUUACAAGAAUGCCCUCGGCGAGGACGAGGAGGAGAAGCCUGCGUCGCAUCGGCGCAAGGCUGGGGAAUUUGGCCUUACCGGGCAGGAUCUAAAAGCGAUCGAUCAGAGCGAUGUCAUCAUGACCUUCGCGCUACACAAUCGUCACGUCCCCGGGGUAAGGCAUGAAGGUGGGAAGAGACUUUGGUUCAACGUGUCCGAGGUCCCACCUGGAGAGCACAUAAUUGCCGCGGAACUUCGGUUAUACCGCGGCGCGGACAUGAAGAGUCAUGAUCAACAUGAAUCCUACACGAUCACGGCGUAUCGGGUGUUGAAAACGGAGGAUGGACGAAGAUUGAAAUACGUCGAUUCCAUAAACUCCACGACAAGCAAGCAGGGUUGGUUAUCAUUAAACGUCAGCGAAGCUCUCGAACACUGGGUGAAUAAUCCCGAUGGCAAUCGAGGGUUGUAUCUUUCCGUACAUCUCACCAAAGGCUCACUGCACGAGAUAAGGGCGGAAGACAUCGGAAUCGUCGGAUUCCGGGGCGACCCCGACAAACAGCCCUUUUUAGUGGGCUAUUUCAAGAGCUCCGGCAAAAGAGAAUCCAAGGUUCGGCAGAAACGUGACGCCAAGAGGAAGAAGAAGAGCGAGUCCUCCAAUUGGGAUUAUCAGAACAAUCCUUACACUGAAUCCGGUACGCAGCAUCACUCACGGACUUGCAAGAUCCAGACACUAUACGUCAGCUUCCGCGAUCUGCAGUGGCAGGACUGGAUCAUCGCACCGGACGGGUACGACGCGUACUACUGCAGCGGAGAAUGUAAUUUCCCGUUGAACGCUCACAUGAAUGCAACCAAUCACGCCAUAGUUCAGACAUUGGUGCACCUGGUGAGCCCGGGAAAAGUGCCCAAGCCUUGCUGUGCGCCUACCAAACUGUCGGCCAUCUCCGUGCUAUAUUUCCUAGACGAGAGCAACGUGAUUCUCAAAAAAUACAAAAACAUGGUUGUCAAGAGUUGCGGCUGUCAUUAAACUAUCUUCUUUGACUAACCGGUAACACUCGUCAAUCGCUUAGUUAGUCUAUAAUCAAUGCAACAAAUACUUUUCCGCUGAUUGUCGAGCUCUGUCGUAUGGACCGAAUGGUGAUCUCUCGGGGCUUAAGAGUGUUGGUUUCCAGAAAAUCCAACAGCAAUAAUAUAACCAUAUCGAAUGAGCUGUUAAAAGAGACGUAGUUAGCAAUUAUAUAUUAUAAUCUUAUUUUAAUAAUAUAAAGGUUGAUGCAUAUUAGAGUUAAUAUGUAGGUUUAUCGAAUUAGACAAAUUUUCAACAAUUACGACGGAUGAAAAAGUUAUUCAAACAGCAAGAUUUAUUGCUUGCGUAUAACUGACAAAAAGACGUAGAUAUUUUUUUCUUAUUUAUUCGGGACAUAUAUUAAGAGGACGUGUAUAAAAUAAUAUAACAUCAUAGUCCAUAUUUAGAAAUCUACCAUAAGAUAUUGAUGAUUUGUGCGUUUUUACGGCAUUCUUCAUAUUGACCAAAAUACAUUGUAAUGACAUAUGAAUGUUAUAUGAAUAUUAAAAUUUUCUAUUUAAAUCGACGUUACCGUCGCAAUCGAUUUAAUCGUAGUCCUAACUAACAAAGGUCCCAUCGAGAGGAAAAUAUUAGUACCGAUAUUUCAAUAAUAUUUCAAAUAUCGGAAUCCUAUAAAUAUCAUGCAUAAAUACGUCAAAGUAAUUAUAAUUAUAUAAACCUAAGAGUCCAAACGCUAAUAUAACAUUAUGAUUCUUGAUUAAAAAAUAAAAGAACGAUAGACCUGACAAGAAAAGAAACGAUUUAGAGAAUUGACUUAAUUUGUAGUAACAAAAUCAAUAAUUUUUAUUCAUGUUAAUGAUUACCAAAUCUAUAUUUAUAGCAUAAGAUAUGGGUGCGCGCAGGUAUAUUUAAAUUCUAACGUAAAAUAUUAACAAUUAUAAACUGGUUAGUACUCAGAUGGACAGACAUGUUGGCAAUAGCAUGUAGAUACCAUUGGAACGGCAUAACAUGUUUGUAAUAUACUUGUUGUAAGAGAUACGUAUUUAUUUUCCCAUACUUUGCAGCAAAAUAUCAGCUUGUUAUAUUGCUGAUUGCAUUCUCUUGCCGACACAAUACGUGGUAUGUUGCCGCAUCAAUUUCAUGGCAUCAGAUUGCUCCUUUUAUAUGCUGUUACAAUGUUUCUUGUGUGAGGACGUAUCUCUAUGUAUUUAUGCUGCUAUUUUUAAUUCUCGAAUUUAAUUUCUAUGCAGACAAUAUGCCGAAAUUUAUUUGUUUGGAUAUAGUUUACAUAUAUAU